CGAACCUCAAACCCAAAAGCCCAAAAGCCUGCUCUGCUCACCACACUAAACAAAAAAUAAAUAAAUAAAUAAAAGAUUUUCUCUUAUAAUAACACACACAGAACAGACCAAGACCAACAACAAUAGUUCAUCAAUUCAGUUUUAUUCAACCAUCAUCAUGGAAUUGGAGCUCUUGUCUUGGUUAAAGCUUGUUUCUUUUUGUUUCAUAUUUCUUCUUUUUGUUCUCAAAGUUACUGUGUUAUUCUGGUGGAGACCAAGAAAAAUUCAAGGCCAUUUCUCUAAACAAGGAAUCAGAGGACCCCCUUAUCGUUUCUUCAUUGGAAAUGUUAAAGAACUUGUUGAAAUGAUGUUGAAAGCUUCUUCUCAACCCAUGCCUAAUUUCUCUCACAACAUUCUUCCUAGAGUCCUUUCUUUCUACCAUCACUGGAAGAAAAUUUAUGGUGCAACAUUCCUAGUUUGGUUCGGACCCACAGUUCGUCUUACAGUGUCUGAUCCAGACUUGAUAAGGGAAAUCUUCACAUCCAAGUCAGAAUUUUAUGAGAAAAAUGAAGCCCCCCCACUUGUGAAGCAGCUAGAAGGUGAUGGGCUCCUUAGCCUUAAAGGAGAAAAAUGGGCUCACCACCGAAAAAUUAUUUCUCCCACUUUUCACAUGGAAAAUCUCAAAUUGCUGAUACCGGUGAUGGCAACAAGCGUGGUUGAGAUGUUGGAAAAAUGGUCGGCAAUGGCUGAGAAAGGCCAAGUGGAAAUCGAAGUUUCUGAGUGCUUUCAAACCCUAACAGAAGAUGUUAUUACUAAGACCGCGUUUGGAAGCAGCUACGAAGAUGGCAAAGCCGUUUUUCGCUUACAAGCUCAACAAAUGGUCUUAGCUGCCGAUGCCUUCCAGAAAGUAUUCAUUCCUGGUUACAGAUUCUUUCCAACAAGGAGGAAUAUAAAAUGUUGGAAACUGGAGAAGGAAAUAAAGAAAUCGUUGGUGAAGCUAAUAGAAAGAAGGAAAGAGAAUUGGAGUGGGAAUGAGAAGAUAUUUGAAAAAGGGCCAAAAGAUUUAUUAGGACUAAUGAUUCAAGCUAACAAUAAAAUUUCGUCGAAUGUCACAGUGGAUGACAUCGUGGAAGAGUGCAAGAGCUUUUUCUUUGCAGGCAAACAGACCACAUCGAACUUGCUGACGUGGACGACCAUACUCUUAGCAAUGCACCCACAUUGGCAGGUACAGGCACGUGACGAGGUACUCAAGAUGUGUGGGUCACGUGACCUUCCCACUAAAGAUCAUGUUGUAAAGCUCAAGACGCUGAACAUGAUUGUUAACGAGAGUCUAAGACUGUACCCACCAACAAUCGCGACAAUCAGACGGACGAAAACAGACGUGGAAUUAGGUGGAUACAAGAUACCACGCGGGACAGAGCUCUUAAUUCCAAUCUUAGCCGUUCAUCAUGAUCUAGCAAUAUGGGGCAAUGAUGUAAACGAAUUCAAUCCUGGCCGUUUCUCUGAAGGUGUAGCCCGUGCCGCAAAACAUCCAGUGGCAUUCAUACCGUUUGGCCUCGGUGUGCGCACAUGCAUAGGACAAAACCUCGCAGUGCUACAAACAAAAUUAGCCCUUGCAAUCAUACUUCAGCGUUUUAGUUUCAGGUUGGCCCCUAGUUAUCAACACGCACCAACGGUGUUGAUGCUACUCUAUCCUCAGUAUGGUGCACCAAUCAUUUUCAACCAAUUGUCCACACUGGAUAAUCCUCCUCAUGGGUCCUCAUAGAAUCUUGGGAAUUUUAUGCCCCUCCACCACUUUGUGCAACUUUCUCUAAUUACGGAGUUACCUCUCCGUUUGGCUUUUUCCUUAAUUAAUUAAAAGUAUAUACUAUAUAUAUAUAGAGGAGAGAUGUGUGAUGAGUAAAAUUACGGUGGUGCCAUUUUGUCUGCAGAUAUUUAUCCCAUGUGUUUUUUUUUUUCUUCCUCGUCUGAACAAACUGACUCUAGCAUGUGAGGUUUGGUUUGGUUCUUGGGCAAGUGUCUUUUGCCGAUUGCAAUGUGAGUAGUAGUGCAGGGUUAUUAUCAUAUCAUAUAUAGGAGUAAAUUAGUAGAUGGCUAACGAUUCGCUAGACAGGUGCUUGACUUUGUGUAUGUUGUGUAUAUUUUUUUCUUUAAUUGUUUUUUUAAAAGAGAUUUGCAAUUUUGCAAUGCAUUUUUUCGGCCCCUUGAUUGUGUAACCAUUGGUUGUCUUGUUAUUUAAUGCUUGUCUCUACAACUUUCCAUUUU